AUGGCGUCUCUUGUUCAGCGCGUCAAGGCGAUGGCCAAGCUGCCCCGUGAGGAGGAGGACACAGAGCGUUCCCGGUGGAUUAACCAGGAUCUUCUCCCCACGCCACCGGAACAGCAAACGUGGCGGUGGUGGAAUUAUGUGACCUUCUACUGGUCCAUCUCGUUCACCAACUGGACGCUGGGCUCGACCAUGAUCGGCAUCGGCCUGAACUGGUGGCAGGCGAUCAUCGUCAUCUUCGUGUCACAGUGCAUCUCCUCCGUGGCGAUGGCGUUCAACUCGCGCGCGGCGAGCAUCUACCAUGUCGGCUUUCCGUGCGUGGCUCGCAGCGUGUUUGGCAUGUGGGGGAGUUAUUACUUUGUCGGGGCGCGAGCCAUCCUGGCGGUGGUGUGGUAUGCUGUACAGAUGUACUCGGGCGCCGAAUACAUGUACAACAUCCUGCGCGCCAUCUUCGGGCACAACUUCACGGACAUCCCCAACCACCUGCCGGCCAGCGCCGGCAUCUCGUCGGCCCUGAUGCUGGCCUUCUUCCUGGCCUGGCUGGUGCAUCUGCCCUUCUGCCACUUCCGGCCCUACCAGCUGCGCCGCUUCUUCUGGUUCAAGACCAUUGUCUCGCUGCCCGCCAUGUUCGGCCUCUUCAUCUGGGCCAUGGUCAACACCAAGGGCAGGAUCGGCACCCAUCUGUAUGCCGCCUCGACCACCUCGUCGAGCGGCCUGGCCUGGCUGAUUCUCGCCGGCAUCAACAGCGGCAUGGGAAACACUGCCACCCUGAUCACCAACCAGCCGGACUAUGCCCGCUGGGCUCGUAGCCGGGGCGCUCCCAUCUGGACUCAACUGAUCUCCAAUCCCAUCGCAGUGACGCUGUCUGCCAGUCUCGGCAUUCUUUCCACCGCCGCCGUCAACGAGAAAUACGGCACGGACAUUUGGAACCAAUGGGACAUGAUGAACCUGAUCCUGGACAACUACUGGAGUUCCAAGACGCGAUUUGCCGUCUUCCUGUGCGCGUUUGCCUGGCUGGUGCAGAUCCUGGGCACCAACAUCGCCGCCAACAUGAUCGCCUUUGGCGCCGACUCGUCCAUGCUGUUCCCCUCGUACGUCAACAUGCGCCGCGGCCAGUACAUCAUCGAGUUCCUUGCGUGGGCGGUCUGUCCGUGGAAGAUCCUUGCCUCGGCCACCAAGUUUGAGACUUUUCUCGGCGGAUACGGCUUGUUUAUGGCCUCCGUCGUUGCGAUCAUGGUGUGCGACUAUUUCCUGCUGUCCAAAGGCAACAUGUUCAUCCCGGCGCUGUACAACGGCACCCCGGCGAACAAGAACUACUACUAUGCGCGCGGAUGGAACCUGCAGGCCCUCGCCGCGUACAUCGUCGGCAUUGCGCUGCCCUUCCCGGGCUUCUGCGGCGAGCUGGGCGCCUCCGUCUCCGCGGGGGCGACGCAUCUCGUCGACAUGGGCUGGAUUCUCUCCUUUGUCACCUCCUUCGUCGUGUACUACGCUCUCUGCUCCGUCUGGCCGACGCAGAACCAGCGCUAUGUCCGCGAGCAGGGCUAUGCCUUUGAACAGGUCGGCAACGAUCUCGUCGAGUCUUUCGAGUAUGAUGUUGCUACCGAGGAUCACACCACCAAGGCCGACAAGGUAUAUUAA